CCUCCCUCUAAAAGCACUCUGUGUGGGGAAGAUGAGAGCCAGAGCAAAGCUCAGAGGAACAAACCUGGACCUGGAUAUGAACCCAGCUGUGUGUCCUUCAGGAGUGACAACUCAGAAGAUUAUUUAAAAAAAUACAAAGACAGUCGUUUAAGAGUGAUGGAGAUCCAAGAAAUACUGAGAACUAGACCAGGAUGUGGACUCACCUGUGAGUCUUUCAAGACUGACCAGUCAAUGGAUUUUGAUAUUCGCUUCAAAGACAUCAGUUCAGUAGAGGAACAAAAGAAGAAAAGAGUCCCACUAUUACUAGAAAGACCCAGAACUGCAGAUGUUAGUCCACAGGAGCUUCUUGUUCAACAUCAGACCAGUCUGAGGAGGAGAAAUAAAAAUGUGGCUGAAGGAACUGAAGAAGCAGAAAUCUUCUUCAACAGGAUCUACACUGAGCUCUACAUCACAGAGGGACUGAGAAAAGACAUUCACACCCAACAUGAGGGAACACAGUUGGAGAAAACUUCCACGACCAACAAACUCCACAACAUUGUAAUCAAGAACCCAGACAUCUUCAAAGUCUUACCUGACCAACACAGAUCCAUCAGAGUGGUUCUGACCAGUGGAGUUGCUGGAGCUGGUAAAAGCUUCUCAGUGCAGAAGUUUACUCUGGACUGGGCCGAGGGCUUGGAGAACCAAGACAUCAGUGCUGUGGUUCCUCUUUCCUUCAGGGAGAUGAACUUGAUCAGAGAUGAGCAGCACAGUCUUCUCACUCUGAUCCAGCUUUUCCAUCCAACACUCCAGAAGAUCCCAGCAGAACAGCUGUCUGUCUGUAAACUUCUGUUCAUCUUUGAUGGUCUGGAUGAAAGCAGACUUUCUCUGGACUUCAACAACAGUCAGGUGGUGUCUGAUGUAACACAGAAGUCCUCAGUCAGCGUGCUGCUCACUAACCUCAUCCAGGGACAUUUACUUCCCUCAGCUCUGGUCUGGAUCACUUCCAGACCUGGAACAGCCAAUCAGAUCCCUCGUUCACGUGUGGACAGACUGACAGAAGUACGAGGCUUCAAUGAUGCUCAGAAGGAGGAGUACUUCAGGAGGAGAUUCCCAGAUGAAGAGCUGUCCAGCAGAAUCAUCUCCCACAUCAAAGGCUCCAUGUCCCUCUAUAUCAUGUGUGAAGUUCCAGUCUUCUGCUGGAUCACUGCUGUGGUUCUGAAGAACAUGCUGACCACAGAUCAGAGAGAAGAGCUGCCCACCACCCUGACUGACAUGUACUCACACUUCCUGAUGGUUCAGACAAAGAGGAAGAAGAACAAGUACCAACAGGAUCAUGAGACGAGUCCACAAGAGCUGACAGAGACUGACAGGGAAGUUCUUUUGAAGCUGGGGAGGCUGGCAUUUGAACAUCUGGAGAAAGGAAACAUCAUGUUCUACCAAGAAGACCUGCAGCAGUGUGGUCUGGAUAUCACUGAGGCCUCAGUGUACUCUGGAGUUUGUACUGAGAUCUUCAGAAAAGAGUGUGAGAUCUUCCAGAAACCGGUCUACAGCUUUGUUCAUCUGAGUGUUCAGGAGUUUCUGGCUGCAGUCUAUAUGUUUAACAGUUAUUCAAAUAGUAAGGAAAAGGUCAUUGAGGACUUCCUGAAGUUUGACAUGAAGAGCCCGUCCCUGGAUGAGUUUUUGAGGCUGGUCAUGGAAGAAUCACUUCAAAGUAAAACUGGACACCUGGACCUGUUUGUCCGCUUCCUUCAUGGCCUUUCAAUUGACUCCAACCGGAGACUUUUAGGAGGCCUGCUGGGUCAAAUAGAGAAUAAUCCAGGAGCAAUCCAGAGAGCCAUAAACAACCUGAAGAUGACCAGCAGUAAACAAGUCUCUCCAGACAGAAGUAUCAACAUCUAUCACUGUCUGAUGGAGAUGAAGGACCUCUCAGUUCAUCAGGAGAUUCAAGAGUUCCUAAAUUCUGAGAACAAGUCUGAUAAGAGACUCUCAGAGGUCCACUGCUCAGCUCUGGCCUACAUGCUGCAGAUUUCAGAGGAGGUUUUAGACAAGCUGGACCUGAGCCAGUACAACGCAUCAGAUGAGGGUAAACGGAGACUGAUCCCAGGUGUGAGGAACUGCAGAAAAUUCAUACUUGGAGAAUCGUGUGGACUCUCAGAGUCUGACUAUGAAGUUGUGAACUCCGCUCUGAAGUCCAACCCAUCCCAUCUCACAGAACUAGACCUGAGCUAUAACCACCUACAAGAUUCAUCCAUUAAGGGUCUGUGUUCUGGACUGGAGAACCCAAACUGUAGAGUGAAAACUCUGAGGUUGAAGGUCUGCAGUUUGUCCGAAGUCAGCUGUAAAUCUCUGGGCUCAGCUCUGAAGAACAACCCGUCCACUCUGACAGAACUUGACCUGAGCCACAACAACCUGCAAGAUUCAGGGUUUCUUCAUCUGCAGGGUUUCCUGGAGAGUCCAGAUUGCAAACUACAGACUCUAAGGCUGAAAAACUGCAAUUUGUCAGAGACUAGCUGUGAAGCUCUGGUCACAGCUCUGAAGUCCAACCCAAACCACCUGACAGAAUUAGAUCUGAGAGACAACAACCUGCAGGAUACAAAUGAUCAGGAGCUCCAGGAUCUGUUGGAGAGUCCAGAAUGCAGACUGCAGACUCUAAGGAUCAAAGGACAGCUGGUAACUGGACCUGGAUCUGAACCCAGCAAUGUGUCCAUCAGUAAAUGGGAGAAAGCUCUUGUCAGGAGAAAGUCAAAAGGGGACAUUCCUGAAUUCAAAGACAGCAGUUCAGUCGAGGAACACUGUAGUUCGCCUGAAAGAAGUAAGCCUCCCCAGUUAUUCCAUCAUCCUUUACAUCAGCCCCCCACAACUCUAAGCAAUCUGACAGAACUGGACCUCAGUUUCAACAACCUUGAGGAUUUUGGAUUUCUUCAUCUUUGUGGAAUUCUGGAGAGUCCAGAUUGCAGACUACAGACUCUGAGGUUGGAGAACUGUAGAUUGACAGCGAUCAGCUGUGAAGCUCUGGGAUCAGCGUUGAAGUCGAACCCAUUCAAUGUGAGACAACUGGACCUGAGCCUUAACGACCUGCAGGAUUCAGGAUUUCUUCAUCUGUGUGGUUUUCUGGAGAGUCCAGACUGCAGACUUAAGACUCUGAGGUUGGAGGACUGCAGUUUGUCAGAGAUCACCUGUGAAGCUCUGGGCUCAGCGCUGAUGUCCAACCCGUCCAAUCUAACAGAAUUGGACCUGAGCCAGAACAACAUGCAAGAUUCUGGGUUUCUUCAUCUCUGUGGAUUCAUGGGGAGUCUAUACUGUAGACUGCAGACUCUGGGGUUGAAGUACUGCAGUUUGUCAAAGAUCAGCUGUGCUGCUAUGGAAUCGGCUCUAAAACCCAACCCAGCCAAUCUGACAGAACUCAACAUGAGCUUCAACAAGCUCCAGGAUUCAGGACUUCUUCAUCUGUGUGGUUUUCUGGAGAGUCCAAACUGCAGACUGCAGAUUCUGAGGUUGGUGAGCUGUCAAUUGUCAAAGAGCAGCUGUCUAGUUCUUGGCUCUGUUUUGAAGUCCAACCCAUCCAAUCUGACAGAACUAGACCUGAGCCUUAACAACCUGCAGGAUUCAGGAUUUCUUCAUCUGUGUGGUUUUCUAGAGAGUCCAGACUGCAGACUUCAGACUCUGAGGUUGGAGAACUGCAGUUUGUCAAAGAUCAGCUGUGAAGCUCUGAGCUCAGCUCUACAGUCCAACCCGUCCUUUCUGGAAGAAUUGGACUUGAGUCUCAACAACCUGCAAGAUUCAGGAUUUCUUCAUCUGUGUGAUUUUCUGGAGAGCCCAGACUGCAGACUGCAGACUCUGAGGUCAAGAAAUUGCCGUUUGUCAGAGAUUAGCUGUGAAGCACUGGCCUCAGCACUGAAGUCCAACCCAUCCAACCUGACAGAACUGGACCUGGGGCUCAACAACCUAUAUGAUUCAGGAUUUGUUUUCCUAUGUGGUUUUCUGGAGAGUCCAGACUGCAGACUCCAGACUCUGAGAUUGGAGUUCUGCAGUUUGUCAGAGAUCAGUUGUACUGCUCUGGUCUUAGCUCUGAAGUCUAAAUCGCCCAACCUGACAGAACUGGAUCUGAGCAGGAACAGAAAUGUGCAUGACCAAGGAGUUCUUCAUCUGUGUGGUUUUCUGGAAAGUCCUUCCUGCAAACUGCUGACUUUGAGGUUGAGAUACUGCAGUUUGUCAGGGGUCAGUUGCACUGCACUGGUCUCAGCUCUGAAAUCAAACCCAUCCCACCUGACAGAACUGGACCUGAGGAACAACAGUCUGCGGGAUUCAGAUGUUCAGCAGCUCCAGGCUCUGGUGGAGAGUUCAGACUGCAAACUGCAGAUUCUGAGGUGGAGCAUAAAGGAAAAGCGGUAGGUGGUCUGCAGAGACGUUGUGACUGGAUGGUGGAGAGCAGAGUGAUGGAGGAAUCAAAGGAAGAGGAGAUGAGUGUCAAAGCUGCAGGAUGAACUGAUCUGUGAUCAGCUCCGUCUCUGUCAGAAUCAAGUGUACAGUUAUUAUGCUGCAGCCUCCCGAGUGGACUGAUGGAGAACUGCACUUCAUCUUCUCAUUCUAACUUGGAUGGUUGGAAAGUCUUCUGUUUCUCUUCUCUCUAGUUUUGAGAGCUUCUCUUAACUUUGUUCUUAUGAUCUUGCUGUUGUUGCUGAAGUCAUCCUUCCUGUCAGCUGACAUCUGUGUGUCUCUCUAUAUUUUCAUACUGUGAGCAUUUAUGCACUUAAGUCAGUUGAUCAAACAAACCAGCAAAUAUUGAUCAAUCAUUGAUCAGCUUUCUCCUCGUCUGUCUUGUGACUGUUCCUUCAAAUGAUUUGUCUUGGUGAUUCUCUCAUCAUCACAUUGAUGAAGAUCUGCCAUGGUUCCGAUUUGUUUGUAGAAGAGCUGAGCAGACAAAGUGUUUUUUUGUCUGGUGUUUGUGCGGAAACAUGAGUUGGAUUCAGAUGUUCAGCAGCUCCAGGAUCUGGAGGGAGAAAAGACAUGCAGACAAACAGAAACAAGAUGGUUAAAAACAAAUUGGACAGAAGGAAGUCUACCAAAAUGUAAAUAAUCCCCGCUCACUAUUUUUUUUUAUCCAUCAUUGUGGAAUAUCUGUUAUUUUUAUUUAUUUAAAAAUGAUAUAUUUGUCAUAUUUUUUUUAAAUGGAUGUGAGUGUCAAGAGAAAAGAUUCCAUGAAGCGUAGAAGCAGCAGAAUCAUAGUGUGAUGUUUCAAUCGAACAUUUAAGUUUAAGCCCACUUGUACAUUAAAACUAUCACAAUUUUUUGGCAGUGUAUGUUUUUAGUCAAGAAAAACAUGGAUGUUAAAAGUACCUUCAUGGAUCAUGCUAAUUUUUUUUCUAUUUUGUUUUAGAUUAUCAGACUUAAAUUAUUUAUUUCUCUAGAAUACCAUACGUUAUAGCAAAAAUGUUUUAAAAUUUUUUGUAAUCUUGUUUUCAAAAUGUGGAGAUGUUUUAUGUAUCUUUUUUGGUGUAAAUUAUCAACAAUAAAUAAGGUCACAAUAAAAUGCAAUUGCAAAUUGCAAAAUGCAUUGUCAUUUGAAUUAUGACACCAAAAACCCAUUACAAUUUACAAUGCCACUGACUU